AUGCCGACGUUGCCUACCGAAUUAUGGCUGCUCAUCGUCUCCCCUCUCGUCGACGUCCAGUACGCCCUCUCCGCUCCCCAGCCAGCCGACGUCCAGCGUACACUGCAUGCUCUCUCUCUUACUUCAAGGCAGCUCAACGCCGUCCCAUCGCAGUACAUCUACGACUGUAUCUGGAUACGCUCUCAUCAUGCGCUCUCUUUGCUGCUUGCUCACUACCGACGACGACGAGUACGCACUUUAAUCUACUCUGGCCCUCUACGCUCUUUCCCUCUAGACGACGUCCACCUCCUCCUCACCCAUGUCGCCCCUACGCUCGAAAGACUGUUUCUCUCACUCUCACUAGGCAUGCCGCUGGCGACGUACAACAACCCUCUCCUCCUCCUGCGACCUACGCUUCAGCUCUGCAACCACCUACGCGAACUAGGAAGCUUCUCAAAUGCAUCAGACGAGCUGCUCUUCCCCCUUCGUCGAACAGUCCGACGCGCUCUCCAGCCCGCUCCCGACCUCCUCACCUGGCCAGGAGUAGAACGCGUCGCACUCGUCAACCUCAACAUGGGCAGUGCGCUCCAGCUCGCCCACGUCCUCCCUAAUCUCAAGAGCGUCGCCCUCCCCGCUCAGGGAUUCGAGGAAGGGCUCGUCUACCAUCUCCAGACCAUCCUGCAUUCCCUCCCACCUGGGCAGACAGACCUCGUCUGGGUGCGGCACAAAGACAACACCGAAGAGGGCGAGAGCGGCGCUUGGUUCUUAUUCCACUUCUUACCCUUGGUCGAACGGCUCGCCUCUGACUUUGCGGGGAAAGUAAGGAUGUGGCUGCUUCAUGCGCCCGUGGGGAGGGUCGGGUUGGGCUGGUGGAUGAUGCAGCGGAUGCUACAGGGGGAGAUGUGGAUGGACAUGGGAAUCCGGCUUGGUGGAGACAGAGAGGAAGGGAAAUCAGAGGUGAGGGAGGAAUGAUGGAGUCGUUUGCUUGGCCGACAACGAGAACAUCAAGCCCAUCGCGUAACAGAUUCAGUUCCUCCGUAUCUCCACCGCUCAGGUUGCCCCCCCGCGACUGCCGCUGAGUGUAGAGUCUUACGGCCACAGUACGGAUCAAAUCAACCGUCGGCUCGCACCUCGUACAAGCACAUCUGAAUUUCUGAUUACAACCUAAAUUGGAUGAAGAAAGAAUAUCUCGAAAUCGUUCAGCAGCAGAAUGUGGGUGUGAGAUUGGAUGCACCGUGACACGAGAACCAUCUCCUGACAUCAUCUAUGGGAUAUAAUGCC